AACAAAUCGUAAACAAGUAAACAAGCGGGUCCGGUUCGAGACGUCGAGCUCAAAGUUCGAACGAUUGUUAAUUUGUUAAUGUUAUUAUAUUGCUGCUGUUAAUUUUGCAUAUGUCAUUCGUUUGAGUUGAAACUUUAUGGGACGACGGACUUCUCUGUAGUUGACGAUAAACUGCGGCCUGACCGAAAAUGGCACUCCGGACGUACGGCGACAAGCCGAUCAGUUUUCAAGUGGAAGAGAAUGGGGAAUAUUACUGUAUUGGAUCCGAGGUCGGCAAUUACUUACGACUGUUCCGCGGUUCACUGUACAAACGGUAUCCGGGAAUGUUUCGCAGAACCAUUACAAAUGAUGAGAGGAAACGUUUAAUCGAUUUAGGUUUAAGUGCUCAUUGUCUGGCUUCGAGUGUGUCACUUUUAAGAGCAUCUGAAGUUGAAGAUAUUAUUGAUGGUAAUGAUGAACGUUACAAAGCCGUGUCUGUAACUUCAACUGAACCAUUAAUUACAAGAGAAUCUAAAGGGAAAAAAUCAGUUCCUUGGGUUCCAUCAUUACCAAACAGUUCACAUUUAGAUGCUGUUCCUCAGGCUACACCCAUUAACCGUAACAGGAUUAUACAAAAAAAAGUCAGGACUUUCCCAUUAUGCUAUGAUGAUACUGAUCCUGCAAACAUUCACGAGAAUGCCAACUUUUCAGAAUUGUUGGUUCCAAUCAGACUCGAUAUGGAAAUUGAAGGACAAAAAUUGAGAGAUACAUUUACUUGGAAUAAAAAUGAAAGUUUAAUAACACCAGAGCAGUUUGCUGAAGUGCUAUGUGAUGAUUUAGAUUUAAAUCCUUUACCAUUUGUACCAGCCAUCGCACAAUCUAUACGUCAGCAAAUUGAAGCAUUUAAUAAUGAUAAUAUUUUAGAUGAACAACAUGACCAAAGAGUUAUUAUUAAGUUAAACAUUCAUGUAGGUAAUACAUCAUUAGUGGAUCAAGUUGAAUGGGACAUGGGUGAAAAAGAUAAUUCGCCUGAACAGUUUGCUAUGAAACUAUGUGCUGAACUAGGUUUGGGCGGAGAAUUUGUAACUGCUAUUGCAUACUCUAUCCGGGGGCAAUUGAGCUGGCAUCAACGUACCUAUGCUUUCAGUGAGGCACCAUUGUCAGUCGUUGAAACUCCUUUUAGACCUCCAUCAGAUGCUGAUCAGUGGAGUCCAUUCCUGGAGACAUUGACUGAUGCAGAAAUGGAAAAGAAGAUUAGAGAUCAAGACAGGAACACUAGGCGAAUGCGACGAUUGGCCAACACUACACCAGGAUGGUAAUAAGAUCAUUAUUAAGUAUUUUAAAUAUAAGUUAACUCGCCUACCGUGAGUCCCAACACAGAUCAAGGUCCCAUCAAAGCUCCAUGUUAACAUCUUCAAAAGCAAUACAACUGCAACAUUUUUGUAUUAAAAAAAAAAUUAUUAUACGUAUUACAUUAUAUAAAAAAAACUAGAAUAAUAAAUAAUUUUUAUAAUUUA